UUACUCCCUGAAACUCGCGUAAAAAUUGAGAAAAUCUUGAGUUUUUGGAACAUCUUGAUCAAGAAAAAGGUGCUGGGAGUGAAUUUAAGUCGUUUCUCAACUCCCGCCGUGGUUCCGGUUGGAAAAGUGGAAGAUACUUGGACAGCCGCUACGCUCGUGGAAAAGCGCUGGGAAAACUCCGGUCGGGAAAUGGGUUCGCGAGGAAUCCUACAGAUUUUCGCACCGAAAGGCUUUGCCAUACUAAACACCCGAUUUCCAGGACGUGUCGCCUGCGACGCCCUGACCCGGCAUCUCUCCACACCGGCCGCCUUCCAGCGGCUAUCGAACGAGCCGGUUAAGAAAGGUACCUCGUUGCGUACCGUGCGGUCAUUUUACACUUCAUACAUUCGGCGUAAAAAGGACUACUACAGUACACUCGGAGUGACCAAGAACGCGUCGCCGAAAGAAAUCAAAAAGGCUUACUAUCAGCUGGCGAAAAAGUAUCAUCCCGACACGAACAAAGACGAUCCGGAUGCGGGACGCAAGUUUCAAGAAGUUUCCGAAGCCUACGAGGUUUUGAGCGAUGAAACGAAGCGAAGUGAGUACGAUACCUACGGACAAACGUCGGAACAGAUGGGCCGAAGCGGCGGAGGCCGACCGUGAGCCGGGGCUGGGCCCCAGGGAUUCUCACAAAACUGGCAGUUUCGUUCGACGAUCGAUCCGGAGGAGCUGUUCCGGAAGAUUUUCGGCGAUGGCGGCUUUCAGUCGGGAUUUGACGAUUUCAGCGAUUCCAAGUUUGGGUUUGGUGGGGCGCAGGAGAUUAUCAUGAAUCUAACCUUCGCACAAGCGGCUCGUGGUGUAAAUAAGGACAUUGAUGUAAACGUGGUGGACACGUGCCAGAAGUGUAGUGGUUCCCGGUGUGAGACGGGCACCAAGCCGGGUAAAUGUCAGUACUGCAAUGGAACGGGUAUGGAAACGAUAUCGACUGGACCGUUUGUGAUGCGUUCGACAUGCCGGUAUUGCCAGGGUACGCGGAUGUACAUCAAAUACCCUUGCCUCGAGUGUGGAGGCAAGGGACAGACGGUUCAGCGGAAACGGGUGACUGUCCCAGUGCCGGCGGGCAUCGAGGAUGAGCAAAUGGUGCGCAUGAAUGUUGGCAGCAAGGAAAUUUUCAUUAAAUUUAAGGUGGAAAAAAGUCGCUACUUCCGGCGAGAUGGAGCUGAUGUACAUACCGAUGCCUCAAUUUCCUUAUCACAAGCCGUCCUAGGCGGCACCAUCCGUGUGCAGGGUGUGUACGAAGACCAGACCAUUCAGAUUCCACCGGGAACAUCGUCACAUAAGGUCAUCAAUCUCACUGGCAAAGGACUGCGGCGUGUGAACAGCUAUGGGAGUGGGAAUCAUUAUAUUCAUUUGAAAAUUCAAACCCCCACCAAGUUGACGACCCAGCAAAAGGCUCUACUACAGGCUUACGCAGAACUCGAGGAAGAUACUCCUGGCCAGAUAAUGGGAGUUACGUACAGGAGUGACGGUGGUAAGGUUUGUUAUGCGGAGCCCCAAGAACUGACGGACAUCGUGCGUGAGGCACUGAGGGAUCGUACCAAGCUUCCGGGUAGCACUGAUACUGGCCAAAGUAGUGAAACCAGUGAGGCACAAGAAAAGCCAAAGACAGAAGAGGCAGCUACCAAGAGCCGGAGUAGCAAUAGCAAUUGAAGAAAAAGAAUGUUAAUUAGUCUCCAUUCUGUAUCGGAUUAAAGCGGGGAAAACACCACAACACCAAAGCUCUGUUAAUGGAAUGAAAUGAUUCACUGGGCGAUUUAUUGGGCAAACCCCGACAGCUAAAAGCUUAGAUAAGAGAGGAGCAGU